AUGAUCUUCGCAAGGGCUUUAAGUAGUGCGGCCUCAGGGGCUAUACCGGUAUGUGCUCCCCCACUGUUCCGAGCGCGGUCCCCAUUUGGGACCAAAAUUGUAGUGCUUCUGGGUACGUCCGGAGCGUUUGUCAGUGAUUUCGAUGUGGUGGAAGAGGACGAAAUUGCGUUAACCUGCAGUAAGGGCAACACGCUUCUAAAAGGAGAUUGUGGCAUACUCCAGCUUAAUCGAAAUCAAUGGCGCUUCCUUGAGCUUGGGAAUGAUGUAGCCAAGGUAUGGCUGGUUCAUAUCGGUCAAAAUGCCGCGCUUCACAAAACCCGAAUCCGCAGAAACAUUCGAUUCAAAUACAUAAUUGCAUCCAGAGAGUCGUCUCAAAGUCGUCUACUCGCCUCUCAUCUUGGAGAGAUCCUUGCCUUUUCAGGAUUGUUUUCAUCCGAGUAG